UUCUCUCAGUCAGACUUCAGUCUGGUGUUAGUGAGAGGUUAUUGUUCGUCUCGAGAGGAUUUAUCAACCGUAAAAGUUAUUUUUACAUUUAUUUGCGGUUUAUCGAAGCAGAAGGCACAAGACGAAAUGAAGAUGAUUCUUGUCCUGAGUGUGAUUCUUCUGGGAAUUCACGAAGCGGCGGCUGCGACACAUUCACUGCAGUACUUCUUCACGGCAUCGUCGGGAGUAAAAGAUUUCCCACCAUUUGUGAUUUCGGGCAUGGUUGAUGGACAGCCAUUCUUUUACUAUGACAGUGUCUUGAAAAAAACGAUUCCCAAACAGGACUGGAUGGCCAAGAAUGAAGGUCCAGAGUACUGGGAGAGAAACACUCAGAUCGCUACUGGUGAUGAGCAGUGGUUCAAAGCUAACAUUGACAUCGUCAAGCAGCGCUUCAACCAGACUGGAGGUGUUCACAUUUACCAGAAUAUGUAUGGCUGUGACUGGGAUGAUGAGACUGAUAAGGUUGAAGGUUAUGAUCAGUACGGUUAUGAUGGAGAAGACUUUGUAGCUCUAGACCUGAAGACAGAGUCAUGGAUCGCUCCAACACCACAGGCUGUCAUCACCAAACACAAGUGGGACAAUAACAAAGCUUUUAUGGCACAGGAGAAGAAUUACUUCAACCACCUUUGUCCUGACUGGGUGAAGAAGUACCUGAACUAUGGGAGGAGCUCUCUGAUGAGAACAGAGCAUCCCACAGUGUCUUUCCUCCAGAAGACGUCCUCCUCUCCAGUCAGCUGUCACGCUACAGGUUUCUAUCCCAACAGAGCUGAAUUGCUCUGGAAGAAAAAUGGAGUGGAGACUCAUGAGGGUGUAGUUAAAGGAGAGGUCCUCCCCAACAAUGAUGGAACCUUCCAGAUGAGUGUCAGUGUGGAUCUUUCAUCUGUUGGAAGUGAAGACUGGGCAAAGUAUGAAUGUGUGUUUCAGCUUUAUGGAGCAGAAGACAUCGAGCAUCCACUGGAGAAAACAAAAAUCAGGACCAGUAACCCAAAUUCCAACAUCAUGAUCAUCCCCAUCAUUGUUGCCGUGGCUGUUCUUGCUGUCAUUGCUGUCAUCGGACUCAUUCUUUACAAAAAGAAGAGUGCCAAACGCCCCCCGUCCCCUGUUGACAGCACUGAAGUCCAGGAGCAAAUGAUCCCACAAGCCUGAAUGACAAAGACCCUUAACAGCCAGUUGAUUGAUGAAAUUCACACUGAAAAGCAACGUCACCAUCUUCUUCUUGAUGACAAAUAAUUAAUUUGGUAUUUUAUAAUUUGAUCUCAGAUGUUAUCAAUUCUAACUAAUUCAAAUUCACAUUAAGUAAAAAUAGAUUAAUUUCAGCAAUUUCUUUGUGUGUUUAUACAAAAAUCCACAAAACUUGUAAAUUUUUUUCCGGUGUUGGUUUUUUUUUUUUGUAUAUCAAUAAAUCAAUCAUGAAUAUUGAUAAUACAAAAUCAGAAAUACAUACACACACAUACAUAGAUAUAUUCUUUAUGUUAAAAUAUGAAGGGUCUCAACAUUAUUGUAUCAAUCAUAAAUAUCUAAGAGCCUGAUGUGUAAAGUUUAGAUAGUUUGGGUGACUAGUUAAUUCUAAUCAACUGAUCAGACGAGCUGUAACUGACUUUAAUUAUCAGCAUGUUUCAUUGGAAUACACAAGGCAAAAAAUUUGAGUUUUGACUGUCUUGGUUUGUUAUUAAUUGUAUUGCUCAUCUGUUCUCACUGAGACAAAAUAUAAAAAUUGAUUCACAUCAUUUUCUCAUUUUGUAUAUAUCUGCUUGCAUAUUUCAUUUUCUGAUAAAGGUGUAUAUUUUGUUUUGAUUAUUACUGAUAUGAUAAUUUAAUGAGUUUUUUACGUUUAUUGCCAAAUUUGUUUUUUGUUCUUUUUUUUCUUUGCUUUGAAAUAGUUUUAGUUUCAGUUUUAUUAUUGAUUAUUGUGGGAUUAGUUUUCUGGACUUUUAAAUAUUGUGGGGUUUUUGAAAAUAUUCUUGGAUAGUCAGCUCUACUAUCUUUGUUGAAGACAUUUUAACUUGCAGAGUCGGGAUGAAACAUCUUUUAGGUUUAGUAAAUGAAUUGGGUUGUAUGUGAUUUCAAGUGUUCUGCUUUUAAAUAAAGAUCUAAAUAAACCA